AUGACUAAUCCAACUCCGUCUCAGUCUUCGUGGCAAUCGAAACAUGACGUCUUCAUAAGCUUCCGCGGUGUGGAUGUGCGCAACACUUUUGUAGACCAUCUGUGCGCCACACUCCGCAGAAAACGAAUCAAGUCGUUUAGGGACAGCGACGUGGAAGACCUGGGCCGAGGUGGAAACCUGGUCAAGAAGAUGCAUUGUGGAAGGAGGAAAACUGCAACUUAG